AUGCCUCCCGACCCGCCGCACGCGCACUCGCCCUCCCCAUCCACCUCAUCAGCAUCCGCGUCUCAGCAGGCCAUCGCGUCGUCGGCGAGGGGGAUCGUGAAGGGUUGGGCGGUCGGCAGUGGGCUCGAAGGAGCUGGAGACGUCGUCUCGCACCUCCCGCCCAUCCUUCCCUCACAUCCUUCUUUCUUCCCUCAGCUCACCACGGCCAUCCCGCCGACGCACCUCGACCCUUCCUCGUCCUCGCUUGUCCCGACAGAUCCGCUCUUCUCGCAAUACUCGCGCGAACUUGCCGGCUUCAUGGCGCCGCAACAACAGUCAGCUCAGCACGAGGCGUGGAGGCUGCAGCAGCUGGCUGGCGUGCUGGGCUUGUCGGAAGUGAGGGGCGAAAUGGACGAAAUGAGGAGGGUUUUCGCGAAUGGAGGGUUGUAUGGCGGACUCCCUCCCCUCCAGCCGCCCUACCCUGUUCUUACACACAACACGCCGCUUCCUCCGCCGCCUCUUCCUCCUUCCGCCCUCUCCUCCGCUUUCCUCUCUUCCGACCUCGUCCCGCCACCAUCAGCAACGAGCUUCACCGGUCCCUCGAACCCGCCUGGCCCGCGACACCUCGCGCCGCCUCCGCCACAUCAGCCAACGCCCGACGCCGCAAUCCGCUCGCUCGUCAACGAGCACACCUCGCGCGCUAAAGCCGAAGCGCGGGCGAGGGAGCAGGCACAGGCUCAGGCGAUGCAGCGAUCGUUCUCGGCUGGAAGUGCGGGCGGGAGCAGCGCCGCGGAACCUUCGACGCCUUCCCACCCUGGCCGUACGCUCUCGAAUGGCCACGCCGCCGGUUUCGCCGCGCCCGCUCAACCGUUCGGCACCGUUCCCGCCAGCUCGCCCGACCCGCUGCUCAUGCAGUCGGAACCAGCGUCGGAGCACAAGGCCCGUCGCAUCGUCUCGGCAACAGUCAGCGGCGUCCGCUACGACCAAGGGGCGGGACCGUCGUCGCAGGGCGCUCAUGGCCUCUCUCGGAAACGCUCAAGCGACUCGGACGUCUCAUCGCAUUUCUCGAGCCCGCUCAAGCCAAACGCGCCGGGGUCCGGCCUCGCCUCGCAGUUUGGCCCGCGAUCGAGCCAAGGGGAGAUCACGCCCUCGACGACGAACGGGAGGACCACAAGCUUGGGCGAGCCGUUCACGGGCGCAGAGUCGGCCGUCAAGCGCUUCAAGCUCGAGUCUGGUCAACCCGCUGUCGGUUCGAGCGGAAGGGGCGCGCCCGGUACGGGCGGCACGACCGGCGCGAGCGAUGCCGUCGAGCGCUUGAGCGACUUGCUCAGCGACGUCUUCAACGCCGACGACUCGAUGGUCGACGACACCUCGGCUGCGCAAGUCGAGGACAAGCAGAAGCACUUGCGCUCGCCUGGCAAGGCGAGUCCGCAGAAACAACCGCGCUUCCUCCGCGUCUCGGCUGUGUCGGCGUCGUCCGGACUUCCGCUCCUCCACACCGAUACGCUUCGCAAGAUGGGCUCUCUCGUCCGCACGAUCGCGUCGAAGAACAAGGCGGAGGAGCUGGUUGAGGAGGUGGAGGAAAGUGGCGUUGGGCGCUGGCUGAAGGUGCUGGAGCGAAGCUGGGAGGGCAUCAGCGGUGAGGGAUGGGAAGGAUGGGAUGUCCAGGCUGCGUUGCCGAAGGAGGACGAGGGUGCCGCUCCGCCUACGAAGGGAAAGGGCAAGGCGAAGAAGGCGCCGGGCGGGAAGGGGCGCAAGGGGAGUGCGAGUCCGGCGAAGAAGGGCAAGGGCAAAGGGAAAGAGCGGGCGCAGGAGGACUACGAGGACGACGAUGAGCUCGACAUGCUCGCGUCGAGUCCGAUCAAAGCGCCGACACGUCGCAGCACCCGUUCGCCAUCGCCUCACCGCGCCAAGUCGGCGACUGCCGACGCGCCUGACAGCGACGAGGACGACUCGCAAAGGACAGUCACGUCCGCCACAUAUUGGGACGCGGACCCGUCGCGCCUGCAAACCGCCGAGUCUGCUCUGCGCGACCUUGCCGACGCCCUGAUCGCCAUUCGUCUCGCGCUCGACAUCCUCACUCUCCCGUCUGUCUCUCUCCCAAAGCACCUUUUCUCCUCCGAAUACCUCCUCGCCCUCGUUUCCGCUCUCCGCCGCACGCUCGACAACUGCAUCGUCCCGAUACUCUCCGCGCCCGGGACCAGCCCUCUCGCCGAACUCGCCUCAAUCCGCUUGCGCGACAAGAUUGCCGAAGCUUGCGACGGCCUCGUGCAGGCGACGCAAUCUCUCGCCUCGCUCGUCAAGCAGGAAGAUCUCGGCGACGAGCUCGUCAUCGCCAUCUCGUAUUUCUCGCUCGAACCAUACUUCCACGAGGCGCCGCCGACUACCGGGCGGUCCGCUGCGGGAGGAAAGGACGCUUCGCCUGUCGUUCACUCGAUCAAGGCACUCCGCCUCGCAGCUCUCGCAGUGAUUCAGGCGGUCUACGCGAGGUUCCCGGAACAGCGGAGCUGGAUCGUUGAAGAGGUUUUGGGCAACUUGGGACGCGCCGAAUUGGCGAGCGGGACGACGGCGGCAAAGAAGGCAAAGGGCGGCAUCCGUCUCCGCACCGGCGCGACCAUCCAGACCGUCUCCGCCCUCCUGCUUCACCUCGUCCAGACUUGCCCGGCAGACCUUCAGCUUGAAGUCCGGAAGAAACUUGCCCAACACGCUGCUCGCGCGAACGCGUCGUCAAGUCAGAUAACAACGGACGGAGACGUCGACAUGGAAGACUUGGGGGUGGGAAGGAGGUUGCUUGACGACGAGGACAAGGAGGACGAGGAUGACUCGGGCCAGGACGUUUUCGAUUCAAUACAGCGCCGUCUCGUCGGGCCGGCACUGGAGCAGGCAAACAAGGCGGCGCGCACGAUUGUUGGUUUCCUCCUGCAGCGCUCCGCGAAGGCGGGCAAGACUACCGGCGCCGCGGCCGAUACUGAGUACCGCGCGGUCCUCGACCACCUCGUCGCCGACCUGCUCGCAACGCUGCGACUGCCAGAAUGGCCCGGCGCUGAAGUCCUCCUCACGGUCCUGUGCCGCUCGAUGAUGGCCACCCUCGCCGAUCCGAAGAGCUCGCACGAGAACAACGCGCUCAAGGGCAUUGCUCUUGAGCAUCUCGGCAACAUCGCCUCUCGCAUUUGCAAGGAUCUCGCCGCCGCGCCUGGCAACUUGCCGAGCUUGCGAGAUCUCGUAUCCGCGCAAGAUGUCGACGGACUCGAGAAAGUGUUUGCCGCUGAGAAGGCGGUGCUCGAGCAUCUUGCGAAGACGGAGAGGUCGACUGGUCAGAGCGAGGGCGCCCUCGCCUUCAUGCGCGCCGAUUACGCCAACGACCUCCUCCAGGCUCGCCAACACGCCGUGUCCGAGGACGCGAGUCAGGACGACCAACGUCAAGCGCUUGUCAAGCGCUUGGGCAUUCUUAUCGAGGAGGUCUGGAACGACGAGCCGAUGGAGGACGUCUUUGGACCGAGCCCCGAGGACUCGCAACCGAAGGUCGACGGCCUCGCACUCGACCUCUGGCGCUCGUCGACACUGCCCAGCAUGUAUCAAGCGUUGCUCGACCGCAUCGUCGAUGCCUCCGAGUCGACGCAAGUCACGCUCCGUACCAAGGCUCUUCGUGCGGUCAGUCUCGUCGUCGCGCAAGACCCCGACCUUUUCCACCAGGACAACAUCCGCCGCACGAUCGAGAACCGCAUGCUCGACAGCUCGCCCGCCGUCCGCGACGCGACGAUCGAGUUGGUCGGCAAGUACGUCGUCAGCCGCCCCGACCUCGCGAGGCAUUACCUCCCGAAGCUCGGCGAGCGCAUCUCGGACACGGGUCUCAGCGUGAGGCGAAGGGUUGUCAAGCUUCUCAAAGUGCUCUACGGCGUCGUCGACGAUGAGGAGCAGCGCGUCGACAUCUGCAGGCGGCUUGUCUACCGUGUGCUGGACGAGGACGACGGUAUCAAGGAACUCGCCGUCGACGCUGUCGAGGACCUGUGGUUCGGUGCGACGCCCAAGUCGGCCCAGCAGGACGACGCCGCCCGCCUUGCGCAGCUCGCCAGCAUCAUAACGCAGACGACCGGCAACUUCAAAGAGCGACCGCCGCCUGUCGACGAAGCACUGCGAGCGAUCAUGGCGAAGCACGCCGAGAAGGGGACAAAGCCGCCGCUCGACAGGCUGCGCGAGGUCAUCGAGAGCCUGGUCGACGGUCUUGUCGAGGAUGACCGCAGCAUGAACCUCGUCGCCGGUAUCAAGACAGUCUUCAUCCUCAGCGCCGUGGACGCCAGCUUGCUCUCCACGCAGAAGGCGACGCUUCUCCUGCCGUUCCUCAAGAGCGCGACGACUACCGAAGAGCAGGUCAUCAGCGACUACCUCCUCCGCAUUUUCCGAGCCGCCGUCGUCGCCAUGCCCAAGACCUCGUCAAAAUUCGGCAAGGACUUGCAGACUGCGUUGAUGCCGAUGCUCAACAAGCCGUCGCAGAGCACUCUCCAAGAAGUCAUGGCUUGUUUCUGCGCGGUCGUGCACGGCCAGACGCAAGACUUCACAACGAUGAUCCGCGUCUUCGGCGUCACCCUCGGCCGCCUUCAAGGCGAAGCUCAAAAGCUCACCAAGGCUGAGAACGCCACCGCCGUCAACACGCGUCAACUGCCGAUUCUCUGCUACAUGACCGGCUUGCUGUGCGAGCACGGCGACUUUGACCGCUUGCGCGAGGAGCAGCCAGAUACGAAGGACCUCAUCGACCUCAUCACGCCGGGCUCCAUCGCCGAGCACACUUUCGCGACCCUCCUUCGGGUCCACAGUCUCCAGCUCCCUUCGCAAGUCAAGCCCGCCGUCCUCACCAGCCUCGGUUUCAUCUACCGCGCCCAUCCGACGCUCAUGAUGCACGCGUCCUCGACCGCAAUAAUGGACGCCAUCUUCGACUCGCCCAACCCGGCCCUUCACGUCCAGGUCCUGCGCAUCAUUCAGGACUUCCUUGCGAGUCAGGAGCGUGCGGCGGCGAGCGUUGCGUCAUCGACGACCGACAGGAAGGCGAAGAAGAAGGGCAACGCAGGCGUCAAGAUGGAGGAGCUGGUUGGGAAUGUCGAGGGUUUCGCCGACUCCGGCGUCGCGAGCGCCAUUGCGCAGCGGUACCUGAACCGCAUCGUCGAUGCCUCGCUCUCGCCCAACCCGACCAUGCAGCGCAUCGGCGUCGACCUCCUCAGCACAAUCGCGCGCUCAGGAUUCAGCCACCCUCUCUCGCUCUCACCAACCCUCGUCGCGCUCACCGCCAGUCCCGACCCGCAACUCUCGGCAAAGGCAUUCUCGACCCUUUCACUCCUGCACCAGAAGCACGCCUCGCUCCUGGCGACUCGCUUCCUCGAACCAGCCAAGUCGACGCAUGGGUUCCUCGCCGCCUCGUCGCCUGAUGAGCCGGCGCGAGGGUUCCGCGGUGACCCGCCUGAAUCAAUGCUCGGGAGGUGGUACGCCUUGCUGCACAAAGAGAAGCGCCAGGUCCAGCUCGACUAUCUCCGCACGCUCAGUCGCGCCUUCGAAGUCGACCUGGGCGCCAAGUGCGACGAGUCCGACGUCUCCUUCGCGCGCUUCCUCGCCGAAUCCCUCUCCACGCUCGACUACAAACGCACCGAGGAACCCCUCCUCGUCAUCUCGUACCUCAACUCGGCUCUCGCGGUCUCGGGCUUGCAGGUCCUCCAUGCGCUGGAGAUGGGCUUGAAGGGAGGUGGGGGAUUGGUUGCUGCGACUAAGAGGGGGGCUGGGGGGUCGCCGAAGAAGUCCGCCGCUGGCACUCCCGCCGCUGCCGCCGCCGCCGACGACGCCGACGAGCAAGACACGCCACCCUCCCCCGACCUCGCCCGCCAGUCCGUCAUAAGCGGCCUCGCGCUCCUGCUGCGAGACCACCUCAAGCAGCUCUACGGUAUCACGGACGCAAAGCUUGCGAAGUAUGUCGUCGGGAAGAAGUCUGCCAUGGGUGACAAGGCCGUCACUCGCCGCCCUGACGCACCCCUCGCGCUCGGCCUCGACUCGUACGACCGCAUGCCCUUCGCUUUGAAGCCCAUGUCGGGAGAAGAGGAUCUGGUCGAACAGAGGGCCACGUACAUUCGGUUGAUCGCGGAGGACGGGACGAUUGGUGCGAUGGAGGAAUUGGAGGCGGCGGGCGCAGAGGGCGAGGCGGAUUGA